GUGUGUGUGUGUGUUCAUAAAGCACUGGGUCUGUGCUUGAUGCAUGGAUUUAGUGCUGCUUCGGAAACACAACUAUAUUUGUUAUUAAUAUCAGUGACACAAGUCGCGCGAGCAGGGCGAUUAAAUUCCUCUCCUUUCUCGUGCGUCAUGUGAGCGCGGUGAAAUAUUUCUGUUCUACUUUUCGUGCUGACGCUAUAGUGUAGGUGUCACUUUGUUGAUUCGGAGCAGAAGAGAAGCAUUUGGAAGUGCGUUGUUCCAGUCUUGUAGCGCGGUUGUGUGUUAUUGAGUGUUUGUGAUGAGAGUGAACUUUGCGUAAUUGAGAUGUGCUCCAGGAGCACAAGGACUUAACCCAAACCCGAGGAUGGAUGUGUGUGGAUUUCUGAGCCUGGCGAUUUUAUGCUCAAUUCUACUCGGCUUUGCUGUCCUCGGCAAAGCUUCAGAAUGCGAUUCUGGAUGCAGUCUUGGGGAAAAUGGGGUUUGUGACAAUGGAGUGUGCAGGUGUAACCCUGGCUGGCAGGGUGCAACAUGUGAGCAGUGCAUUCCUUUCCCGGGUUGUGUUCAUGGAACAUGUGAAAAAGCUUGGCAGUGUAUAUGUGAGCAAGGAUGGGUGGGCAAUCAGUGUGACCAAGACAGCCAUCUAUGUUCAUCACAGCCUUGUUCUGGCAAUUCAACCUGCAUUGAAACAGAAGAGGGUGGAUAUCUGUGCAUCUGUCCUCCUGGAUACACAGGCAAAAAUUGCCAGCUGAAGAAAGGAGAGUGUCUAAUGAAUGGGUCUCCAUGUCAGAAUGGUGGAACCUGUGUGGAUAGGAACGGAUUUGACUCUCGUUCGUCUUGCCUGUGCGCUCCCGGAUUCACUGGAGAUUUCUGUGAGAUUGAUGUUGACGCUUGCGAGUCAAACCCAUGUCUAAAUGGCGGCACAUGCGCUAAUCGUGGCCUGGACUACACCUGCAUUUGUCCUCCUGCUUUCUCUGGCCCCAUCUGCAACAUUAGUCUGGCUUCAUGCUCUGACAGCACCUGUAGCAAUGGUGGAGCUUGCAUAACUGAGCCUGGCAGGGGAGCUCGAUGUGUCUGUCCGCCUGGUUUAACAGGACCUUUGUGUGACAUUCAUAUCCAUGAGUUCAAACAGAGAGCCAAGUUUAAAACAGCAAACCUAGGCCAUCCUCCACAGCAUUAUAGCCUUCCUGCUCAUCCUUUCAACAAGCUGUUAAGACACCCUGAGCAUGAGUUCCCAAAGAUCUCCAUGAAAGAGUCGGUGCAUGCUUCUAGUCCACUGGUGACACACAGCCAGGUUAUCUGCUUUGCGAUUUUGGGUCUGCUCACCUGCCUGGUGGUCUUGGGCACCACAAGCAUCAUCUACUUCAAUCGCUGUGAGACGUGGCUGGCAAACGCCAAGUAUAGCCAGCUCAUGCGCAAACAGAGAAACUUCCUCCUGAGGGCCGAUGACAAGGAGCACUCUGUACACAUCAUCCUGCCUGAGAAAAUUAAGCUGACCAAUUACGGGAAACGCUACACAACCAUAUAACAGCUGGACCACUUGGGGUUUUGUGAUCAACAAACUUGUUACUUGUUUGGUUGUUGUAUAUGAUGAAUAUUAGGGUAGUUAUGAUAUGGGUCAUAUUGGGAAAGAAUAUUUAUUUCAGGGGGUAGGAGUAGAAUUUUACAUUUUCUACAUUAUAUAGUGUUGUUGCACAUGAUAUUUACAGUAGCUCUGUCUAAAUAAAAACAGCUCUUCGUAUUAGUCUUAACAAUUGAAGAUGUCAUAUUUUCACAAAUUUAGCUGAAAGAGUGUUCUGUUCAUUGGAUUAAAACAUUUUAAGAUUUACGUGUUAAAGACAUCUGUAUUAUUUAUGUUAAACAAGUAGUUUUUCUUUAAAUGAAAUUGCUCCAAUAAACCAGCAGUUUUUAUUAGAAUUUAGGACAAACAAUUGGUUUAUUAUUAUUAUUAUUAUUAUUAUUAUUAUUAUUAUUAUUAUUAUUUUAAACAUUACUGGAUAGAUUUCUCAUGAAGCUAGUUGAAAAGAUGCCACAUUGUGAAACAUAACUUAAAUCCCUUUUUAUAUUCAAGAAAAUUGUCAAUAAUGCAAGAAAACCAAAUAAUCGUGGUCUAAGGAUCAACUUGACACUAUUCAAAGCAAUUCUAAAUGUUUGUAUAGAAAAAGAAAAGGAAUAAUAAACAUUUGGUUCGGCGAAUAAAUAAUUAAGUGUAUAUUGUUCAGACUUUUGACUUAUAGUGCACACACUAGACUAACUUCUGUGUUGUUUGGUUUUGUGUUGUUGGUGAAGACGAAAUGUUCAUUCAAUCCAUGCUUUAGUACAUUUUCCAGCUGUGCUCUGCCACUAAAUAAAUCCACUUUACAGCACAAUAAAAGCAUCCCUUCUUGCUAUUUCAUUAUUUUUUUUUUGUACGUACCAUGCUUCCCACACUUGAUACCCUUUACAUUAUCAUACAAGAACACUUGGUGGUAUGUGUAAUAUGAAUAAACAUU